AUGAGCAGAAAGCGGCAGCUAACGAUGGAGGAGGCGUUUGGUGCUGGUGGUACCAUCAGAAGGUCGGUGGGUGAUGGCCAUGAGGAAGGUGGAGGUGAUCUGCCUCUGCCUUCAGUUGGCAAAAAGCCUGAGGCUACGGCUAAAGCUAAGUCUAAAGCUAAGUCUAAACAUCUGGCCGUUGGCGGGAGUCCUUGCCGCGCACGUCGCUCCAGAGCCGCCGCACGCAGUUCCAGUGGUCCACGUCGCUCCAGAGAAAGUUCCUCGUCGGAUACAGGCUCUUCAGAGCUAUGGGAACCUGAAGCUGACCCAAACAGCAGUGACUCAUCCCCCGAUUCCCCCAGAGCAACCGGCAGAGCAGUAAGCAGAGUGCUGGGCCAAUCCAGGAGUACUAAUGCUGGUAAAAGGAGGCCUACAGGCGCUACAUUGAGCAGAGGCGCUGCCAGCGUGAGUCCUGCAAAUACAGGUGUGAAGAAAAGAGUUGCAAAGGGUAAAGGCGGCACCUGGCGGAAAUCCGGAUGGAAACCCACUGUGUUCCCCUUCACUGCAACGCCUGGUCCCCUGAACGCGGCAGCAGAGCUGGAGUCCACCUCGCCUGCUGACUUCCUGGAGCUAGCCAGGAACGGGAACCGGGAAUACAAAACCCUCCUGGAAUUCAUGCAGGGGGUCAUGAGGUCCUGGACAUUGAAGGUCCAGGAUGAGGACGAGGAGGACAUCGAGGACGAGGAGGACGAGGAGGACGAGGAGGACGAGGAGGACGAGGAGGACGAGGAGGACAUUGAGGACAAGGAGGACGAGGAGGACCACAACGAGGAGAACGAAGUUGUCGGGGGAAAGAGUGGACGAAAUACAGAGCGAUGGUGGCCGGACAGAGCCAACAGACGCAUUCCCUACUGGACCCAGAGAAGAGCGCGCGUGCUCAGCUGCUGCUCCGGGCUGGCAGCUCUGUGCACCCGGUGCAAGAGCGAGAUCUGGAAGUUUCGGACCCGAUUGAGGGACAGCAGACACGUGAACUGGCUGUAG